ACAGAGGAUGCGCAGAAGAGAGUGUUACAGGAAUACUUUUAAACUGUUCCGUGGAUUUAAACUGUUGUUUUUUUAAUUCCGCGGAUUAAGGCGAUCUCCCCGAAAGGCCAUUUCGACUGAGGAUGUGGAAUAUUGAAAAUCAAAUACUUAAUUUUUUGCCUGGUGUGAGAUUUACAGAGGUUAUGGACAUUAACAGCUCGAGAACUGAAAUCCGAAUGUAAUGAAACGCAAUCUGGUGCUCAUCCCACAACAGUCCACCAGUGAAGGUUAGCAAUAUUCCCAUCAUCCCAUCAGAAGAGGAACUCUAGCUCUGUAGCACACUAUGGUAAAGAUGGAGUUUAUUAAAGAGGAGAUUGAUAACAUGAGCGAUCCAGAAACAUCCGGAAUGAAUAAUAAAGAUGCUGAGGAACGAACAGAUCGGAUGGAGGUGAAAGAGCAAAGACAAGAACUAAAUGAGGAGGAGGAGUGUUGUAACUUCAAAACUCAAAGAAUAAAAUCCAAAAAGCGGCACACCUGCUCACAGUGCGGAAAGAGUUUCAGACUUAAAUCAGGUCUCAGAAAUCAUAUGUGGCACCACUCUGGAGAAAAGCUGUUUAACUGUGAUCAGUGUGGUAAAAAAUAUUCCUCGUUAUCAAAUCUAAAAGUUCACCUGAAGCUUCAUUCAGAUGAGAAGCCUUAUGUGUGUUCUGUCUGUGGAAAGAGUUUCUCUCGGCUUAACUGUUGUAAUCAGCAUCAGAAAAUACACAAUGAAGUGAGAGAUCACGUGUGUUGUGAGUGUGGGAAGAGCUUUACUACAGUUGGACAGCUGAAGCAGCAUCAGAGAAUUCACACUGGAGAAAAACCUUACAAGUGCUCAUACUGUGACAAGAACUUCUCUCAUCCUGGAAACCUGAAAUCACACGAGCGAGUGCAUACUGGAGAGAAGCCGUACCAAUGUACUCAGUGUGGAAAGAGUUUCAAACAAUCAUCUAUUCUCAAUUAUCACAUGCAUGUUCACUCUGGAGAAAAGCCAUUUAACUGUGAUCAGUGUGGUAAAGAGUUUAAUUCAUCAUCAAAUCUGAAAAAACACCUGAUAAACCAUACAAACGAGAGGCCUUAUGUGUGUUCUUAUUGUGGGAAGAGUUUUCCACUGUUGGUCAGUUGUAAUCGGCAUCAGAAAAUACACACCGGUGAGAAAGAUCACGUGUGUAGUGAGUGUGGAAAGAGCUUUACUACAGCUGGCCAACUGAAAUACCACCAAAGAAUUCACACUGGAGAAAAACCUUACAAGUGCUCAUACUGUGACAAGAGAUUCCCUCAGUUCUCACAACAGAAAUCACAUGAACGGAUUCACACCGGAGAGAAGCCGUACAGCUGUACUCAGUGUGGAGAGAGUUUUAGACAUUCAAACUCUUUAGUGCUUCAUAUGAAAAAGCAUUUUCCAUCGAGUCCAAUCCAUUCCUCCAGUUAGUUAGUUUUCAGGUGCAGUGUUGGGGGUAACUCAUUACAAG